GUGCGGCCCCGGGGCGGAGCGCGGGCGGUGCCCGCAGCCCCGGAGCGGUGCGGCGGUGGUGGCGGUACGGUACUCAUGGCCCUGCCGGCGGAGGUGGACCGGCUGGAUGGGGGCUGGCAGGAGGUCUACUCUGCGCUCCAGUGGAUCCAGUUCACUAUGGCCAUGCUCAGCGUUGUAGGUUCCAGCUCAAUUAUUGCCUAUGCCGUAUUCCAAAACGCAGUGCGGUCCCCUGAGGUGCGUCCACUUUUCUACCUGAGCCUCUCAGAUCUGUUCCUGGGCAUGUGCUGGCUAGCUGGGGCCCUGCUCUACAGCUCACCCACCUCCCAGCAAGAUCUCAUCUGCUACAACCUGCAGGCCACGGGACAGAUAUUCUAUGUGGCCUCUUUUCUCUACACUGUCAACUACACCUGGCACCUGUACAUGGACCUCAAGGUGAAAUACAACCAGAACCUCUUCAGAGUGCCUCCCCAGGUUGUAGAUUAUGCAGGUUGUGUUGGCCGAGUAGCAACGAUCUUCUCAAGCCUGAUUCCUUUCCUUCUCAUGGUUCCAGUGUUUUGUCUGGGCAACAGCAGUAAUUGCUACCAGAACUUCAGCCAGAAGCACGGGUGUCUCCUGAUGCACACGGAGAUGGCCGAGCCCCCCAACGAGCCCCAGAGCCUGAGCGGCUCCGUUUGCCGCGCGAUGCAUUUCUACGGCGUCGGAGUCUUCCUCAUCUCCUUCCUCAUCAGCUUCGUGGCCAUCCUGGUUAUCCUGAGCCAGGCCCGAAGUCUCUACAAAAGGUUUAUGAACUCCACAGGAUUCCUGGGGGAUCAGCAGUGGGCCAUGAUUAAGAUGGUGGAACAACGAGUGGUUUUUUACCCCGUGGCUUUCUUCUGCUGCUGGGCUCCAGCUGUCCUCCUUGGAAUGCUGAAAUUGACUGCUUCAACAACCAGCAAAAUCUACAUGGCUCUGCUGAUCCUGCAGGCUCUCACCGCAGCUUCCCAGGGGCUCCUGAACUGCCUGGUGUACGGCUGGACCCAGCACGUGUUCCUGUCCCUGAAGCGCGGCUCCCGUCGUGAUGUGGACACCCAGACCCCGCUCCUGCGCUCCCAAAAAAAAUUCUACUCCAGCACGGCCCCCGCCGGCCCGCCCGACACCGCGGGCUCCUCCUCCACCCUGCUCUGA